CAAUAACUUUAUUUUUCUUUUCUCUUCUUUCCAUCUCUUUUUCUUUUUUACAUCAUCCUCACCAUCCUCACCAUCCUCACCAUCCUCAUUAUCGUCUUUUAAUUUAUUCCUCGACCGAAGAGCGCUUGCAAGGAGAAACAACUACAACGAAGGGUUAAUUGACAUCUUGAAUUGCCAUCUAAUAUCCAUUCAAACCAAAAAGAAAAAAUACAAAAGACACAGACAAUCAGUUGAGCCACUCGAGCCAGUCGAAUCAGUCUGUCAGAAUCAGAGAGUUUUUUUGUCGAUAGAGAUUAGAAAUGGAACAAGAGGCGCAACGAUUGGAUCACAUCCUUGAGGAAGCCCAUGAAGGCAAGAUCCACUUGAGUGAGGGUCAGAUUCACAAUAUCGAAAACCAAGCCAAGUACCUUCAUGAGCAUGCAGGACACGAGGAGACACACAGCCGGAUGGCGCUUAUUAUCAUCGUAUCUCUCAUUUCCUUUCAGUUCGUGCUAUUAUACUGGAAGAAACACCAUUACCGAUCAUACCAAGCUACAACAACUAUUGGACUCUGGUUGAUCCCGUUCAUGUUUGCACUUCAUGGGCGUAUGGAUCAGUUUGCAUCAAUUUGGGCUAUUUUUACCAUCCUCAACUCAUGGAUUAUUUACAAGGCCACCCGAAAACCACUCCAUCAUAUGACACCCAAGAUUGUGUACAAAUGGUUCUGGAUCAUUUAUCAGAUCUCGUAUGUCAUUGGAAUCAUUGGUUACGUUAUGAUGUUUUUGACUUUUAUGGGCUUUGGUGCUCCGGAUCCGGAGGGCGAGGACCCUGCAAGUUCAGGACUGAUCACUUGGGGCUUAACAUUUUUGUCAUACGGAAUUUAUUUUGGAAUUUUGGGUCGAGAUUUCGUUGAAUUUUGUACGGAAUCAAUGGCGGCUACACUGGGCUAUUACACCAAGGAGGGAUUCCCACGCAAGCACUUGCGGCUGGGUGUCUGUGCUAUUUGUGGUAUUCAUGUGUCAAAUGCCAUAAGCACGAUUGAUGCACAUGGACACCUACAACCCCCUGUUCUCCUCCAGCCCUUGGCAAAUGGCGUAGCAGGAACAGUUGAGCCAAGUAUCAAACUCAACUGCGGUCAUGAAUUUCAUGAGGAGUGUAUUCGUGGAUGGUGUUUGAUCGGGAAGAAGGAUAUGUGCCCAUACUGCAAAGAAAAGGUCGAUCUGCGCGCCUUCAAGACAAAUCCUUGGGAUACAACACAGCAGCUCUAUUUGAAUCUCUUGGAUGCGCUCCGAUAUAUGAUUGUAUGGCAACCUGUGAUUAUGGGUCUGGUUCAGUUUGGGUUCUACAUGACUGGCCUCAAGUAAAUAGGAAAGAUUAGAAAGAAUCAAUCUUGUCCAAUAUAGAAAUAUUAGAAGUCCUGUAGUUUCAUUGGCAUGACAUCAUUUUCAUUUUUUCGAUUUUUUUAUCUUUCAACUGUUUUUUCUCCUCUUCUUUCCCCAUUUCUUCAACAAUUAUUAUAUUGCAACAGUAAAAAGGCGAAGCGCAACUCCCC